GCUUUAAUUAUUGCCAGUUGGACAGGAAUGGACACAGACCCCACUGCACGAGAACGCGAUGCUCUCGAUGACCAAAGGCUGAUACAUUCCUACAGCACACAAGGGCGCCCGUGCCAUGAACCCUGUCUGAGAGUAUUGGAAAAUAGAAGCUUCGUCAUGUGCUGA